GGGCAAAAAAGGGGGUGCAUGAAAAGAGAAAACAUAAAUCUUGUUGCACCCUCGAUGCCGCUACUGAGCGCUGGCGCCCGUUGAAGGAAACUGGCAGUAGACUCGACACUAGGCGUCUGCGCUACAGUAAGGGAGGCAAGCGUUGGUUCCGAAUGUCAGUGUCCCAUCGGGCUGCCAGAGUCCCAACAUGGCAGCUCAAUCGAGCUCGGUGUUAUGCAAGGGGACAUUGGAUGCGUCUCGAUGCUGCCCUGGUCCCCCUUUUGCUCGCGUCUGCGCCGUGUCCUGCGCUCUCGGCACUUGCAACGCCAUGUCCCUCCCUGUUGGUGACGCAAGAAAGAACCCGACAUGUGUAGCCUUUCAUGGCACGCAAUUGCUAGGAUCUGUGAUCGGCAGAGCAUUGACGGGAGUCAAGUCAGGUCCCUUCCUCUCCAGGCCAGGUCCCAACAUCGAAUCGUCGGUUCGACUUCCGACGGCCGGUAACCCCGCAAAACUUUAAAGAGUGAGGACAAGAGAGGGAGAAAAAAAGGCCAAGAAGGCAGAAAGAAAAAAACGACUUGGAGGGCAUGUUCCACAGCAGCAUUGUCGUCAGGGGGCCUGUUGACCGAAAUUGCGCCAUAACGGCGCUGACAGGCGGCAGCCCGGUUACCACCAAGCCGUCGCAAUUGCACACUGCCAACCAACCGCCCUGCCCAG